UUAGCUGAUUUCGCUAGAUUUGACUAGAAAAUGCAACAAAAAAAAUUCCAGAUAACACAAUACGUAUUAGCGGGCCUAUUUUUUAGUCCUAUUCUUGCAGAAUGGAAUACCCGGGACUACGUGAGACGGGAACACUCCCUCACAAAACCUUACCAGGGAAGUGGAAUGUCGGUGCCUUACUGGGACUUCUUAGGUAGCACGAUAGUGACAACGAAUUACGUUCGCUUAACCCCCGACUUGCAGUCCAAAUCCGGCGCAAUUUGGAACACUCAGCCAUGCUACACUCGCAAUUGGGAGCUUCAAGUGCAAUUCAAAGUCCACGGACGAGGCAAAGACCUUUUCGGAGACGGCUUGGCUCUGUGGUACGUCAAGGACCGAAUGACAUACGGACCCGUGUUCGGUAGCAAGGACUAUUAUACCGGCCUGGCUAUUAUACUGGACACUUAUAGCAACCACAAUGGAGCUCACAAUCACCAACACCCCUACAUCUCGGCAACAAUAAACAACGGCAGUUUGCACUACGACCACGAUCGAGACGGAACUCACACGCAGCUAGCGGGCUGUGAGGCCAAGUUCAGAAAUUAUAACCACGACACGCAUAUCAGCAUUGUUUACAAGGAUGACACCCUAAUCGUAUCAACCGACUUAGAAGGCAAGAACGCGUGGAAAGAGUGCCUCAGGGUGGAGAAUGUGCUCCUGCCCACCGGGUACUACUUCGGGGCUUCGGCGACAACGGGAGAUCUAAGCGAUAACCACGACAUCAUCGCCAUCAAGAUGUACGAGCUGGAUCUGUUGGAUUCUCAAAACAAAGACGAGGACCGCUCCCACAUAAUACCAUCAGCCCAAACCUUCGACGCGCCCCGUGAACACAUAGACGACCCAAAACCCGCCAUGUCAGGCGUCAAGACCUUCCUCUGGAUGAUGUGCAUAGCCAUCAUAGUCAUCGUGUGUGUGGUCCUCGGUAUCAUGUGGUACCAGAAGCGUCAGGAACAUUCUAGAAAACGGCUGUAUUAA